AUGGAGUGUUUGAAAUCAUCAUUAAAUUCAUCGAUAAACUGUUCAAGCAAUGCUUCGGAGGACGGCUUCUUGAAAGACGCGGGAUGGCGUUAUCCAGAAUAUCAAGCGACAACAAAAAAUGUAAUACUUGCAGUAGUUUUAACAACAAUAGUCAUUGUGUCAAUUUUCGGAAAUCUCCUAGUGCUUAUGGCUUUUGUUUUAGAGAAACGUUUACUCCAACCGUUCAACAUGUAUAUUUGUAAUCUGGCGGUGACCGAUUUCCUCGUGGCAAUCACAGCAAUGACUUUUUACACUAUAGACACGUUGCUAGGCUACUGGCCCUUCGGCAAAAUAAUGUGUGGAGUCUGGAUUUACUUUGAUUUCGCGAUGACGUUCGCAUCAGUGUUCACCCUUGUCGCCAUUUCGAUUGACCGUUUCUGGUGCGUCACCUGGGUGAUCCACUACAAGGUUCACAACAACCGCUUUCGGACGGGCAUCUUCCUCGGCGUCAUCUGGUUUUGCGUGGUCGCUAUUUGGACUCCUCCAUUCGUGGGUGACAGGAUGAAGCAUUCCGAGGAACACUUUUGUAUCUGGGAGCCGUCCAACAACCGUGACUUCGUCCUCUUCGUCGCAGUCAUCGGCCACUAUACCCCAUGUCUUAUUAUGGUGUUCGCCUACAUCAAAGUGUUCAUGACCAUGCGGCGCCAGGCAAUUAUUGUCGGAUCGACUGAUGCGGAGUCGAACGUCGCUGUUGGCAUCGCUACGAGUAAAGUUAUACGCAUCAACGUCAUACCUGUAUCAAAUGAGAGAAAUGGAACCAUCAUGGACACAGAACAGAAACAUGCUCGCUACUAUAAUGACAAUAAGCUAACACAGUGCCAUUUGUUGACUACCGAAGGUUGUGGAGCAAGUAAUCAUAGUUCCCCUCCGCCGUCAACAUCUAGAUGUACUCAUUCGUCAAUACUUGAUACCGAUCAUACAUACAACAGCAGAUCCCAACAGCGUCGAGCUCCAAAGACGACUGCAGGGAACUGCCGCGAACGGCGAAUCUUCGUGACUUUAACGUUCGUUGUAGGCUCUUAUCUUAUAUGUUGGUUCCCGUUCUAUAUCGCAUUUGACACGUACGCGUGGGCGCCGGACUUCGUACCCGCCGAUCUCUACACUUUCUUUUUUUGGAUGACUUAUUUUAACUCAACGCUAAAUCCUUUCAUAUAUGCCUAUACGAACAAAGAGUUUCGAUUGGCGUUUAUUAAAGUAAUUAAAUGCUUGUGUAGAUGCAAAAGGUAAAAAACAUUCAAG